UCUCUCUACUCGUAGCUUGCGUCGUUCGUCCUUGGUGUGUGAAGAGAGAGUUUAAGAAUUGGGGCAAGGUGAAUUGUGAAUCUCUGUAUCUUCCUCCUUUGAUUUGAUUUGGUUUGAUCGGAUCCAGAUGGAAGCUCUCACGUUCAAGGGUUCAGUUCCAGAAGCUAUAUUUGAAGCCAAAGGGCAGAAGAAGCUUUUUGUUGUUUACAUCUCUGGAGAGGAUGAAGAGUCGGAUAAGUUGAACAGAUUGACUUGGACUGAUGCAUCGGUGGCAGAGUCGCUGUCCAAGUAUUGUAUUUUAUUGCAUAUCCAAGCUGGAAGUGUUGACGCCACUAACUUCUCCGCAAUAUACCCAUAUUCAUCUGUUCCUUGCAUAGCUGCCAUUGGAUUCAGUGGUACACAAGUUUGGAAAAAUGAAGGAUUUAUCGCUGCUGAAGCCCUUGCGUCCAGUUUAGAGAAGGCAUGGUUAGGACUUCAUAUCCAGGAAACAACUGCAAGUAUCCUUUCAGCAGCAAUUGCCUCACAGAACUCAGAGCAACCUGCCUCCAGUACUUCUAAUGAUGUCUUGCCUUCUGAAGGUGGUUCUUUAGAUGCAGCAGUUACAUGUCCAUCAACGGCCUCUAGUGUUCAACCCUCAGAGACAAAGUCAGCGGUGACAUCUGCGUCAACAAAAGAAAACAAUGAUAGCACAGCUGCAGUUAAGGGGAAAGAAUCUGCAGAACCCAGUAAUUUGUGUGAUACUACCAAUAAUCAGCCAGCAUCUUCUCUUGAUGGAACUAAGGCUAAUGUCGAACAUGGAGCGACAGAGGCCCCUGUGCAUGUUCAGGAAGAAAAGGAGCCAAUUCGUCCUGCAUCCCCAAGAUCAAAUGAUAAUACAUCCAGCGUUCCAUCUUCUACCGAUAGAAAAAGGAAACAGGAAACCGUGAUGAACAAAGCUGAUAGUAGUUCAGGUGCUAGUGAAAGGGACAUAGAUUUAGUAAAAUCUGUGUGUACAGAAGAGACUGUAAAGCCAAAGGAUGAAGGAGAGGAUGGAAUUAUUUUGAGAAAAUCAUCUGAUGUUCAUUUAAACAUUCGAUUGCCUGAUGGUGCCAGCCUUCAAGAAAAGUUCUCUGUGACAAGUAUAUUGAGAAUAGUCAAGGACUACGUGAACAGUAACCAAACAACCGGACUUGGUGCGUACGAUCUUGCAGUUCCAUACCCCCGUAAGGUGUAUAGUGACCAAGAUCUGGAUAAGACCCUAUCGGAGCUGGGUUUGUUCGAUAGACAAGCACUUGUAGUGAUUCCGCGUAAAAGUGCAACUGUUUCUCAAAGAGGAUCAUCGUACUCUGAGUCUAACAACAACACAGACCCUAACAGUGGCGGUUACUUUGCUUAUGUUAGAAGAGUACUGUCUUUCGCAAACCCAUUUUCAUAUUUUGGCUGCGGUAUUGCCACCGCAUCAAGCUCUGGUCCAGAACGUCAAUCAAGACCAAAUAUGGAGCUGAGAAACAAUAUGGGGCAAGUGGGCUCCUCCUCUCAAGAUCCGUCAGAAGGUAGGAGCAACGUUAGGAAUAGGAGACCAACCACUUCUCGGAUUGGAAGUAACAUCCAUACACUGAAUCACGAUGAAGAUGACGCUCCGUUUGGUGAUGGAAACGCCUUCUGGAAUGGAAACUCCACACAGUACGGCGGUGACGGUAAUGAUAGGCGAUGAAGAUGAGAGAACUUGAAAUCCUUCUGGAACUAGUGACAGGAACAGCAGCUCUGAGUUUUCCGAUUUACCUUUUAUACUUCACUCUCUAUAUGAAGCAUCUACAUGUUUAACCAACUGCAAAAUGAAUCCUUAUGUUUCAGUUUUAUUAGUUGUUCGUAUAAAAUUUUAAACCCAAAAAGUUAACAAUUUCAGGUAAUAUCUUGUAUUAGUAAAAUUCAUUGACGUUAUGAUA